AGACCCCCGCUCUGCGGCGGUAGAAGGGAGCCCGGGCCGGCUGUCGGGGGCCGUCCCAUCCCCGCUCUCCCCGCUGGCCUCCCCCCCCGCGCGCGGGAGCAGUGGCGGCGCCCCGCCCCCCGCCAGAGGACACAAUGUAACAUGCGCCGACCGCAGCUGCGUUCUAUUUCCGAGCGUGGGCCGCGCUACCUUUCAGCUUCCCGCUGCAGCUGUCCACCCCGGCGGGGACAAAGCCGACGCUCCAGCCAUGGCCAUCCAAGUCCGUGUGGUCUACUGUGGUGCCUGAGGUUACAAGCCCAAGUAUCUGUUGCUGAAGAAGAAGCUAGAGGAUGAAUUCCCCGGCCUCCUGGACAUCAAUGGGGAGGGGACCCCGGAGGUCACCGGCUUCUUUGAAGUAACGGUUGCUGGGAAACUUGUCCAUUCCAAGAAGGCUGGAGAUGGCUUCGUGGACACUGUGGACAAAUACCUACAAAUUGUGGCUGAGAUCAAGGCCGCCCUGGCCUAGUGGUGCCUGAAGGCUGAGCUCCAGGGCCUCGUCCUGCCCCCUGCCCACAAUGCUCUAUGAUGGGAAGGAUCGAAAUGUCCUCGCGAUUCCUGGUUCUUCCCUGAAAUCCUCGCAGCUGUUGGGCCGGGGCCGAGGCUGAUGUCCUGAGCCUGCCCCGAGUGCUUGUGUGCCCCCUUCGCCCAAGACGCAUCUCUCCCGCCGCCCGCUGGGUUCUUCCUGCCCGAAACGCUAUUGCCCUCCCAGAAGUGCCCCUUCAUCAGCCCCUCUGAGACCUUUUGGGCCUUCCCUGCUCAGGAGCUGUCCAGCCUCUGCAGCCUCAGCGAUCUCCUCUGUAAAAUGAGGGGGCCACAGCCUCCCAGGAGCCUCCUCUGCCUCCCACAGGCUUGACCCAGCAGGGCCCAGGAAAACCCAAAAAACAGGCUUUGCCAUGAGGGCUAAUAAAGAGAAAAAAUAAAUUUC